CUAAGUCCAGAGGAGAGAUCCUUGGGGGGGUGGGAGGCACAUCUGCACUGCAAAUAAAAAUAAUUAUUACAACCACCAACCAAACAACAACAAAGUAACAGCUAAGAAAAAAACACUUUAAAUCAAGGACUUUGGAGAUCAGAGAUCACAGAAAUUGUACUAUUAAUAAGGAGGAGGAAAAAAAAAAAAAGAGGCAAGAAAUCCAGCGACCAUGGGCCAGCCUGGCUUCCUAGCGUGUACUUUCUGUUCUCUCUCCUUUUUCCCAAGGUAAUUGCAGUCUGCCGAGAGGGAGUUAAAUGGGAUUAAAAGAUCUGUGUAAGCAAAAGGACCCAGAAGAGAAGGAGGAAGGAGUGAGCCGUCCGGGCCAGGGGGUGUCUUUGACACAGCUGAGCCCCUUAGAGAGGCAGAGAGCUGAGCUCCUGGGAAGGAUGUACCCACAAACCGGCCUGUCCCCCUUUUUCUGAUGGAUUGCCGCAAAAAUUGCCCGAAAGAGACAAUGCACUAAACGUGAUGGAGCCGGAAUCAGAGCCGGUCUCCAGACUCAGAGCUACAGCAGCAGGCAGGGGGGGAUUCUGCUUUCUCUGGACUGUAUUAUGUUUUACCUGGUUCCUGGGAUUCGCACAGGGAAAUUCUGAAGAUGUGGAUGUUCUUCAAAGACUGGGCCUGUCAGGGAAAAGGCCAUCGAACGGAUGGUCCUCAUCACGUACGGUUCCUCAAGGGGUCAUCCCUUUCAAAUCAGGGGUCAUCUUCACUCAGCGAGCACGUGUUGAAGCACCGGUCAGCACCAUCCUUCCCGCAGGCUCCAGCACUGACCUGCUCCUAGUGCUGAGCCUCUGCUCCCACCGCAUCAACAAUGCUUUUCUCUUUGCUGUCAAGAGCAAAAAGAAAAAACUGCAGCUGGGGGUCCAGUUUGUGCCUGGGAAGAUCAUAGUGUAUGUGGGCCACAAGCGCUCUGUAUAUUUUGAUUACAAUGUCCAUGAUGGCCAGUGGCACAAUAUGGCCAUCGAUAUCCGUGGCCAGACAGUCACUUUAUUUACUUCUUGUGGGAAGCGCAGAGUACAUGCGGAUUUGCAUUUUAAAAAGGACGAGGCAUUGGAUCCACAUGGAUCUUUCCUCUUUGGGAAGAUGAAUCAGCACUCCGUGCAGUUUGAAGGAGCCAUCUGCCAGUUUGAUAUUUAUCCUUCCGCCAAGGCAGCUCAUCAUUACUGUAAAUACCUGAAAAAACAGUGCAGGCAAGCAGAUACCUACCGGCCGAACCUGCCCCCCCUCAUCCCCCUCCUGCCCAGGGAUCCUGGUGCCUCCUCGAGUACCCCACAGCAUAUGGAGCCCUCGCUGCAGGGUCUGAAAAACUUGACCACUGCUGCCCCAUCCUUGGAGUUUGGCAGGGUCACUGCACCCCUUAAGACUCGGGGUUUGGGUGCAACAACUGUCGCAUUGGCGUCAUCACUGCCAAGACUGACAACCAAAGCCACAAAGGUCACAGUGGCCCCAUCUCCUCUUCCGUCGAGUACUGAAACACAGCCACCCACUCGUUCGCUCCCUCGGGGGACGGUGAUGACCCUCAGGGUGUCUCGGCCCACUCCCAGCACACGGGUGGAGAAAACUCCCCUUCCUACUGCCAAAAAGGCCCCGCCAACAAGCCAGAGCCCUGCUACAGCCAGUAGGAAGGAGUCCAAGCAAGAGACCAAAAAGAUCAUCGACCAAAAACCGACAAUUGAGCCCUCUGAAGCACCCAGGACUGUAAAGCCAACGAGGAGGAUGACUGAUAACACAACCAGCAAUGUCCACUUUGUCACCCUAAAGCAAACCCCUCAGAACCCAAGCAAUGGACCCAUUCCAAAGAAGCACAUGCCGUCCCCUACCAGGAAAGUGGAUCCUAGUAAUGUCCCUCUGGUGUACACCAAACCACCCCUGGGGUCUGCCCGUCCCGUCUCCAGAGCCAGGGCACACGCCUUCAAUCUCACAACCCCAGCUGCGACUGAUGGCUAUCAAAUCUUUGACCCCCUCGGACCCACUCUGUUUCCAUUUUUACUGGGAUAUCCAGGUGUGAAAGGAGAGAGAGGACCUCAGGGUCCACCAGGUCUGCCAGGCUUACCAGGACCACCUGGCAAGAGAGGUUCCAGAGGUCCCCCAGGUCCCCACGGAAACCCUGGCUCACCUGGCCCCCCAGGCCUGAAAGGUCAGAAAGGUGAUCCUGGGUUAUCGCCUGGAAAAGCUCGCAAUGGACAGAAGGGAGAUGUGGGCUUACCUGGUUUGACUGGGUUCCCUGGACCACCUGGUAGAAAGGGAUAUAAAGGCUACCCUGGACCACCAGGUCACCCUGGAGACCAGGGCGAACGAGGACCAGACGGAAGUCCAGGUGCCAAAGGUUAUCCUGGCAGGCAGGGUUUACCUGGCCCCAUAGGGGAACCUGGUCCAAAAGGCAGUCGGGGAUAUAUUGGUCUCCCAGGAUUAUUUGGGCUACCAGGGGCUGAUGGAGAACGAGGGAUCCCUGGAGUUCCUGGGAAGAGGGGCAAGAUGGGUAGGCCGGGUUUUCCUGGUGAUUUUGGGGAACGAGGACCUCCAGGCAUCGAUGGGAACCCAGGAGAAUUGGGAGCCCCAGGUCCUCCUGGAGUCCUUGGACUCAUUGGUGACAUGGGCUCUGUUGGACCGAUCGGCUAUCCGGGACCAAAAGGCUUAAAGGGGCUGAUGGGAAACCCUGGAGAACAUGGACUGAAAGGUGAUAAGGGUGAUCAGGGAGGAGCAGGUGUUCCAGGAGAUAUCGGCUUCCAAGGAGACAAGGGCAGCCAGGGUUUGCCUGGAGUCCCUGGGGCACGAGGGAAAGCAGGCCCCCUGGGAAAAGUCGGGGACAAAGGUCCAGUUGGGUUUCCGGGACCACCUGGCCCUGAGGGCUUCCCAGGUGACAUUGGCCCACCGGGAGAAAAUGGUCCUGAAGGCCUGAAGGGAAAGCCAGGAGCACGAGGUUUACCUGGGCCAAGAGGACUGCCUGGACAAGAGGGAGAUGAAGGACCCUUAGGACCACCAGGAGUCCCUGGUCCAGAGGGUCGAUCUGGCCGGAAGGGAUUUCCAGGAAGACCUGGUCCCGAUGGUCCAAAGGGUGAGCCAGGAAACCGUGGCCGACCAGGGAAAGUUGGUGAGCAGGGUCUAAUGGGUUUCAUUGGUCCCGUAGGGGAGCCUGGAAUAGUGGGAGAAAAGGGUGACCGUGGCUCAGUGGGACCCCCAGGCCCUCCAGGAGUCAAGGGGUCGAUGGGGCACCCCGGGACACCAGGAGGAGUGGGUUUUCCUGGGAUCCCUGGACCAACAGGUCCGGCAGGAGUCCGUGGUGCGCCAGGGAUAAGAGGGAUGAAAGGCCGCAGGGGUGCCAGAGGGCCUGAUGGACCAGUCGGCGAGCCAGGGUCACGAGGUGUCAAGGGCCGACCAGGGGAGCCAGGCAAGCUGGGGCCAGAUGGGCUGCAGGGAAAGAUGGGUGAGACUGGGGAGACAGGAGCACGUGGCUUCCCAGGUAUCCAAGGACCUUCUGGACCUCCAGGAGCAAAAGGGGCUCCGGGCGACCCGGGUCCACAAGGACCACAGGGGCCACCUGGGCCUUUGGGAGAGAUUGGGCAUAAGGGACCGCCUGGCUCAAUGGGACAACCUGGCCUUGCAGGUGAACCUGGCAUGAAGGGUGAUCCAGGCCAUUUGGGAGUCCCUGGAGAACAAGGCCUCAUUGGCCAAAGAGGAGAAUCGGGGCUGGAAGGGGACAGCGGGCCACCCGGGCCGGACGGUGUCAAGGGAGACAAAGGAGAGCGAGGCCUGGAAGGAGAGAAAGGAGAAAAAGGCGAUGAAGGACUGAAGGGAAAAGAAGGGCCUCCUGGAUAUCCCGGCAUCACAGGUGUCCGAGGACCAGAAGGGAAACCAGGAAAACAGGGGGAAAAGGGCAAGCCUGGCCAGAAGGGCAGCAAGGGCUACCAGGGGCAGCUCGGCGAGAUGGGAUCUCCAGGGAAGGAGGGGCCGAAGGGGAACCAAGGCCCUAAAGGAUCCCGAGGUACCCUGGGACCUAUGGGUGCUCCAGGAAGGAUGGGUGCUCAAGGAGAACCUGGCUUAAAGGGUUACCAGGGACACGCAGGACCACCAGGGCCAAUCGGACCACCAGGGCCAAAGGGGGAAAAGGGAGAACAAGGUGAUGAUGGGAAGGUAGAAGGACCACAGGGACCACCUGGAGACAGAGGCCCCGUUGGUGACAGAGGUGAUCGAGGGGAGCCUGGAGACCCUGGUUAUCCUGGUCAAGAAGGGCUUGAUGGAGAAAGAGGAAAACCUGGACAGCAAGGCUUACCUGGGGAUCCUGGACCACCAGGCCAGCCAGGAGCAAAGGGAUCCAAAGGUGAUGUGGGUCAAAAAGGAAAGCAAGGAGCCCAGGGCAAUGCAGGGAGCAGAGGCUCACCGGGCAUCCUUGGGCUCCCAGGUCCUCGAGGAGUGGUGGGAAGGCAGGGCCAAGAGGGUGCCCCUGGAGUGGAUGGAGUGCCUGGGAAGGAUGGCUUGCCUGGGAUACUGGGAGAGCAGGGUGACGACGGGGAAGAAGGUGUGACAGGGAUGUCAGGCAAAAGAGGGAACCCUGGCAUACCAGGACUCCCGGGAGCACAGGGACCACCAGGAUUCAAGGGUGAAAGAGGAUUGCCUGGACAGACUGGCCAAACAGGGAAACGAGGAUCACCAGGAGGAACAGGCCUUCCAGGGAGCCCCGGUGAUCCAGGACCCAAAGGACAGCCGGGCGACUUUGGUGAGGCAGGAUUUCCAGGGAUUGCGGGCCUGUUUGGGCCAAAGGGCCCCCCAGGAGACCUUGGUUUCAAAGGCAUUCAGGGACCACGUGGGCCACCUGGUCUCAUGGGAAAAGAAGGAAUUAUUGGUCCGCUUGGCAUUCAGGGUCCCAUGGGAAACCCAGGGCCCAAGGGAGACAAAGGCAGCCGCGGAGAGACGGGUCUUCAAGGUCCAAGGGGUCCUCCAGGCCCACGAGGACACCCUGGCCCUCCGGGACCGCCAGGAAUUCCAGCCUCAUUUCAACAAGACGGCUUUGGGGCAGCUUUCCAGACACUCCUUGACUCGAACAUCGCGCUCAAGACAGAGGGUUACCAACAUCCAGACUUUCUCAUGCUGGACCACGGAGGGGAGAUCUUUAAGACUCUACACUACCUCAGCAACCUCAUUCAGAGCAUCAAAAGACCCCUGGGGACCAAGGAAAACCCUGCACGCAUCUGUCGAGACCUCAUGAACUGUGAACAGAAGAUGAACGAUGGUACCUACUGGAUUGACCCAAACCUUGGCUGUUCUUCAGACACCAUACAGGUCACCUGUAACUUCACCAAUGGUGGGCAGACGUGUCUCAGCCCCAUCACCGUCUCCAAGCUGGAUUUUGACAUCGGUAGAGUCCAGAUGAACUUCCUCCGCCUCCUCAGCUCAGAGGUGGUGCAGCACAUCACCAUCCACUGCCUGAAUACCUCCGUCUGGCGGGAAGGCUCAUCCGAGAAACCUUCGGAAAAAGCCGUGCGGUUCAAGGCCUGGAACGGGCAGAUGUUUGAGGCAGAUGGGCAGCUCAGGCCAGAAGUGGCAGCUGAUGAUUGCAAGAUCAAGGACGGACGCUGGCAUCGGACUCUCUUUUCGUUUCGGACGCAGGACCCUCAGCAGCUGCCGAUUGUCAACAUCUACAACCUUCCCCCAUCCGAGCCAGGAAAGCAAUACCACCUCGAGGUCGGCCCCGUGUGCUUCCUUUGA